AUGGCAUCUUAUAAAAUGUUUAAAAAAUCAUUUGUAAUGGCGACCAUUGUAAAUGGUAUAGUUUUUCUAUUCUGGGCAAACAUGGAACUUUUCAGCUCAGGGAUGGUGAAAGAAAUUCCACUAAAUGUGAAGAAUAAGCUGUGCCACGCGAACUUCAAGGACCAGAGGAGUUAUGUGGAUAAUACGUCGGAUUUGAAGAUGAUAUACUUUGUGACACCCACGUAUCCUCGACCAGAGCAGGUACCAGAACUAACUAGGCUGGCCCACACGCUGAUGCACGUCUCGCGAUUACAUUGGAUCGUAGCUGAUGAUCAACCAAUUUGCUCCGAUGUCGUAUUUGACAUACUAAGACGGUCGGGAUUGCCUUACACGCACAUAUCAAGCCCGAAACCAUUCAAGUAUCAAAUCAGUAAUUUUCCUCGAGGAGUGUCAAACCGACGUGCAGCUUUAGCCUGGCUUAGAGAUAACGUUCAUGAGGGAGUUCUGUACUUUGGAGAUGACGACAAUACGAUAGACCUGCAGCUCUUCGAUGAGAUCAGGAAUACGAAGAAAGUUUCAAUGUUUCCUGUCGGUCUUAUCGGAGAUUAUGGAGUCUCCAGCCCGGUCGUUACAGACGGGAAGGUGGUAGCCUUCUUCGACUCAUGGGUUGACUCUAGAACAUUCCCCGUGGAUAUGGCGGGGUUUGCCAUCAACAUUAAGUUUCUGAAGGACACCGCUGAUAUGCCGUACAAGACUGGACUAGAAGAAGAUAUGUUCCUAGUAAGCCUCGGUUUAAAAAUUGACGAAAUAGAACCUCUCGCUGACAAUUGCUCAAAAAUACUAGUCUGGCAUACAAAAACUUUGACAAAGAAGAAGCCUAGUCUAAACAUUGACGUUAAAAUGUUUGAAAAUUUCCAAAAGUACCGACACUUUGCAAGUUUACUUAAAGAAACUGCGAGAUUAGGCAUGGCAGAUUUAAUUUUGUAAAUGAUGCAAAUGCAUUUUCCUACCAAACCUGACAGAAACUUUUGUG